AUGAAAAAAAGUCGGGCCAACGUCUCCUUGCGAAUGAGUCUUAACAGUGAAAUCAGUCCGCGAUGCGAUGAGACUGUAUACAAGGUGAUAGUGUGCGCUGGAGAAUUCACCAAUGACGAAAUACACUUAUUUGCAAACAAAUUUGGCUUUGCGAGGGACUCACCUGGAACCCAGCUCAAUCUCUCGUUUGUGAUGUUUCCGGGCAACUGA